CAUUAUACGGGAGCUGUAAGAUGGCGUUGCAAGUUGUUCAGGUGUAUCGAUCUUAUGGUAUACGACUAGGUGUUAUUAUAUCUAGAGCUUUUGCCGCCACCUCGUCUUCGGGACCGAAAGACCUAGUUGUUAUCGGAUCUGGUCCUGGUGGUUACGUAGCUGCUAUUAAAGCAGCGCAACUUGGCCUAAAGACAGCAUGUGUUGAGAAGAACGCUACCCUAGGUGGAACAUGUCUGAAUGUUGGAUGCAUUCCUUCAAAGGCUUUGCUAAAUAAUUCACACUUAUAUCAUAUGGCUGCAAGUCAGGACUUCAAAAUGAGAGGAAUUGAAGUGCAGCCUAUAUUAAACUUAUCCAAGAUGAUGGAACAGAAAGAUUCUUGUGUAAAAGCACUGACUGAUGGAAUAGGAAUGCUUUUCAAGAGCAAUAAAGUGGAGCAUGUUGCUGGGCUUGGAAAAAUUACAGGAACUAACGAGGUUACUGUAAUGAAAGACGAUGGCAGCAAAGAAAUUUUGGAAACGAAGAAUAUUCUGAUAGCAACAGGAUCAGAAGUUGUCCCUUUAUCCGGAGUCGAGAUUGAUGAGCAAGUUAUUGUCAGUUCAACAGGUGCCUUGUCAUUGUCUAGAGUGCCAAAGAAAAUGGUUCUUAUAGGAGCAGGUGUUAUUGGCCUGGAACUGGGUUCUGUAUGGUCUCGUUUGGGCAGUGAAGUUGUAGCUGUUGAGUUCUUAGGACACAUUGGUGGGAUGGGAAUUGACAUGGAGAUUUCGAAAUCAUUUCAAAGAAUCUUGACUAAACAAGGCAUCAAGUUUAUGAUGAACCACAAAGUAACUGCAGCAGAAAAGAGUGGAAACUCAGUGUCUGUGAAGGUUGAGAGCAACAAGGAUGGCAAAACACAAACACUUAACUGUGACUCAUUGCUUGUCUGUGUGGGUCGUCGACCGUACACUGAAAAUCUAGGGUUGGAGAGUGUUGGUAUUAAACUGGAUGAAAAAGGGCGUGUGCCAGUCAAUGAUAAAUUUGCAACAGCAGUGCCUAACGUGUUUGCUAUUGGUGACUGCAUCCAUGGUCCAAUGCUCGCUCACAAGGCUGAAGAUGAAGGUAUUAUUUGUGCUGAGAAUAUGGUAGGUGGGGCAGGUCACCUCGACUACAAUUGUGUGCCUUCAGUCAUCUACACUCAUCCUGAAGUUGCUUGGGUAGGAAAAUCUGAAGAGCAGUUGAAAGAUGAGGGAAUUGAAUACACUGUUGGAAAAUUUCCAUUUGCAGCUAACAGCCGGGCCAAAACAAACGCUGACACUGAUGGCUUUGUAAAGAUUAUUGGAGAUAAAAAGACAGAUCGAAUAUUGGGUGCCCACAUUAUUGGUGGAGGAGCGGGUGAGAUGAUCAACGAGGCUGCAUUAGCGAUGGAAUAUGGAGCAUCUUGUGAGGAUGUAGCUCGAGUUUGUCAUGCACAUCCGACAUGUUCUGAGGCUUUUCGUGAAGCUGCUAUGGCAGCUUAUUGUGGUAAAGCCAUCAACUCUUUAUAGUUGCAGUCAGCGUAUACAUAAAUAACUUCAGUCUCAAGUUCAUUUAGUACGUAGUAGUUGUGAUGCGCGGUACUGUACGUUAUGUUUGCAUGGUUACUUGAAUCACAAAUGACUUUCGUUUCAAACUG